AUGCCAAAUGGCAAUGAUUCUCCUGACCGACAGGGUCUGAAGAGGCCCCUUUCGCGAACCACGCCUCCCGAAUUGGCCCAUGGAUCUCUAUUCCAGGCUCCAAGCCCUCCUGGCCCAAGUCCCCAGCCGGGGUUCAACAUCAUGCGCCUAGAAGGCAUCGAGCAACAUUCCGAUGAGGGCAAAACACGUAUCAUGAACUCAAUCGCCGACGACAUGUCCGCAACCUUCAGGUGCAUCGCACAUCAUAUGAGAGAGGGCAACCUGGACGAUCGCCACGUGGACGGAAUGAAUUCGACACUCGAGAACAUUUGCGAUGCUAAUGUCAAAUACCGAUUGAAGCUGGAACACCAGGUAGAGCGACUGCGCACGCAGAGGCGCCUAAUGCGACAAGAAUACCGGGGCUUUGCACGGGAGAUCGAUACAAUGGGACAGAGAUAUCGAGGGAAAGUGCAAAGUUUGGCGAGCCAAGUGAAGGAUUUACAGAAGGAGGUUGCUUUGUUGACGGGGGAGAAGGGGCUCCUGCGCCAGUUCUGGGAGGAGCAGAGUCAACGGGAGAAGAUGGCGAUCGGCCGUUGUGUCUCGGAGGAGCGGGCGACGGAUGAGGGCUACAACGCCCAGGGUCCCGAGGGUGAUGCUGAUGAAGCAUGGGAGGAAGAGAGCGACCACCAGGAAUAG